CAGUCGCGUUACACGCCAAAGUAAAGGUGAGCCUGCGCUCGCGCCAGUGACGUGUCUCCUCACUUCUUCAGUACCCGGUGGACCGUCUCCGCGCGCGUUCGUGUCGCUCCUACCCGCAUUCGAAAGUAGUGCUAGUGAGGUUAAAUUGGAAUGAUAAAGUUACACUAAAUUUCCGAACGAAAGUUUUUAGUGUUGUGCUAUUUUGGGAAUAUUGGAAUUACAAUUUAACCGAUUCCUGUGACGACUAACUUGAUCCAGUGAGUACUAAAUUCGACAGAAGAGACGAAAAUCACAAUUCUGGACGCCAACAAUGACAUAGGCCCCAAGAUGGCGCUACGACUGAAGAAGGACAUAAAGAAAGCGUCAUACUACGUGUGGUUCCUGGGCGCGCAGGAGUCGCGGGGGCUGCGGGGGGAGGAGUUCGCGUUACCAGCGGUCCAGCUGCUGGAAGAGCGGGCAAGGGAAUUGGAGCCCUUUAAGGUUACACUACAGGUGUCCCACAAAGGGCUGAAGAUAAUCCAGAAUGUGACGGCCAAGGGCAAGCAGCAGACGAUCAAGCACUUCAUCCCGCACGGCAGCAUUACCAGCGCCGUGGUGCAGGGCGACGUGGUGGCGUGCGUGCUUCUGCUGUAUAACCCGCUCACCGGCUGCCCCGUGCACGUGCACGCUUACAGAUGUGACUCAGACCACACAGCCGAGAUGCUCUACACACACCUCCAAGCUCUGAUAGAGCGACCAGAAAAUCAGAAGAAGUUCGCCGACAUUGAACGGAAACUACAAAUGAGGGGGGCUCUCCCGGUAUCCAAGAAACCUCCGGACUCGUCUUUAGGCAGUGAGGUGUCUAGAGAGUCUGACUCUGGGAGCAAUGAGGAGAGAUGCGUGGCUAAUUUGUAUGACAGUUUGGCGGCGGAGUUGAAACAAAAGUUGUCUACAGGUAAAAAGGGUCUAGGCAAUGUUUCAGGGAAAAGCCCUAUACUUUUACCGCCCCGCGACUACGACACAGUGCACCGGCAGAAGGGGAACCUGAGCAACAUCGACACCCGCCGCUGCCUGAACCAGAACAUCGUGGGGGUGAACGCGCGGCGCAAGCUGGAGUCGUCGGGGGGAAGCUCGGGUAUUGGGAGUGAUCUGGCUCCGUCGCCAGAGAGGAACGAGUACACGAGGCAGCACGACAAUCAUAGCACCAGCGAGGAAGAUUGGGCGGAGAGCACGGCUUACAUGAUGCAUGAGGCAUUCGACGCGUCUCCUCGCCGCGCCGCGUCUCCUCGUCAUGCAGCAUCUCCGCGUCGCGCGGCGUCGCCUCGUCGUGCGGCGUCGCCUCGUCGCGCGGCGUCGCCUCGUCGUGCGGCGUCGCCUCGCCGUGCGUCGCCGCCUCGCCGCGCGUCACCCCCGCGCCGCGCGCUGUCCCCGCGCCGAUACGACCGCGGCUUCAACGACGACUUCACCGACCAGUUCCGUGACUCACUGGCGCCCUUCCGUGAACAGGCCGGCUUCGAUCGCCACCAUCGCCACGAGUCUCUUGAACGUGUCAAAGAAAAACAAGAGAAAUACGACGACGCACCAAGCUACAGACGGCGGUACGCCGCAGAAACUAAACCGUCUAAUCGCAGUAUAGACCGAAUAGAAGAUCGCCGGUUCGGUAAACUAACAAGGGGCGCUAGCGAAGGAAGUCUAAAACUCGCCGAAGCCUCCCCAAAAGACCGGUUCCAAGUCGCUAAAGAAAAAUUCAAGAACCUAGAAAGGGAAAGGUUCAACAGGGAACUAGAGCAGCACAUGGCUAUCAGGAGGAGCAUGCUGGAAAGAAAUAGUCGCUCGACUUCUUCCCCCGAGGAAGAACAUAGAGACGAGCGGCAGCAGGAGCGCCACAGAGAAUUGAGCUCUCGGCGAGAACCUGAUCGUUCUCACCGGGAUUUGGAGCGUUCUCACAGAGAGCCAGAGCGGUUCAAAGAUCCGGAUCGGAUGCACGACAUAGACAGGGAUAUAACACACAGAGAAGUGGAGAGACUCCCACGCGUCAGCCGUAAACGCGAAGAUGUCAAACGAUUCGAGUACGGGGCGGAGGAUUAUCUGGACAGAAUCGAACCAAAGCCGCAUAGGGAGGACUUUGAAAGAUACAGGGAGAGAAGAGAACUAGAUCGGCGUAUAGACGAGGAUGAAAUAAUUGAGCCAGUGAUCGAAGACAGGAGGAGAGACUGGAGUGACAGGCAAAGGGCAUUCAGCCGCUCGCGGCUGCUAGACGACCAGAGGCAGUCGUACGCGGAGGGCGACAGGGACCGCUACUAUGAGAGGGACUACAGAGAUUACCGCGACCUGUCGGACCGGCAGCAGCCCGCGAAGUUCCGCCACAGCUACGCGGAGCCCAUCCCGCGCGGCCGCCUCGGGACAGUCAGACCUUACUGAAAUGCCAUAAUAGAAUAGCGUGCUUUUAUGACCUGAGGAAAUAAAUGAGAUUUAAUUAUUGUUUAUUGUUAAUUUACUGUAUUGUGCAGUUGAAUUGACGGUGGAUUUUAUCGAGUUUAGCUAAGCGGCCUCUAGAUGUUGUUAAAUUUACCUAGACUCUAUAAAAAGAUGUGGGAGUAGCCUUCUCAAGCAGAAGACAAACUCGUACAUCUUUUUUUAGGGUAUUUCGUCAUGUAGUUCUAAAUAUAUAAUAUUAGAAAGGCAGCUUUAAAGAAAAACUUCGAUAGGAUCAUCCGUCAAAGACUGGCAGGCACAAAUCGUGUACCUAUUUAGAAGUUGUUUUAGUCAUUUUAAAAAUUAUUGUUCGUGGAUGAUAUGCAGUCGAAAUAAUAUUUAUAAAUAUACUCAGCCGCACCAUAUUACAAUACUUACCGAAAGUUGCAUCAUAAUGAUUUGUAACUUUUAUCAAUGUUUAAUGAGUGAAAUUCUAAAAAUGUGUUGGUGCUACAACUAAAACAAUAAUAAUGAUAAUAUAUUUCCUGUAUAUAAAUAACAAUUAUUAGUUAGUUUUAAAUACAUUUAUAUAGUAAACAACCAAUCGCUAAACAUAUCGUCAUUAUCAAAUUUUGCAUUAAUUAUAUGAGAUUUUUAGCAUGAUUUUGUAAUCGAUAUCAAAUUUUGAUUUUAAAUAGUUUAUUUACAAAAUUUGACUAAAUGUGAUAAAAAUCAAUAUAUUGAAACUAUGGAAUGUACCUUAUAAAAAUGCAUGUGUGGCAUUAUAAAGCUAAACUUGGCCGACCAGGGUCCGUAGUCAAUAUGAAGAAGACAAAAUUGUUUAUUAACAAACUCCAAUCGAAAGAUAAAUUGAAGGAACGAACAGUCACAUUAUUCUAUUUCAGUUUAUAUUGGCGUUUUUUUAAUAACAUUCUCACUUAUAGUCUAUCUUUAGGUAUUUAAAUAAAAGUAAACGAAAUCUACCCUCAAAUGGCUCCUUAAGCCAGUUGAGGGUAGAUGAAAACAUUACAUGAUCAAAUAAUGUAGGUUAAAGUUAGGUCGUUCAGUGACAUCUCCAAGCGGUUUUGUAUUUGGUUGGUUAACCAAUAAAUUUUUUAACUACCCGAAAGUCUACAAAUUAUUUGUUUACUUUUAUUUAAAUAUCUAAAGAUACAGAGUAUAUGUAGAUAGUCCUCCAGAAAUGUUUAGUAAAAUCACGAAAACGUUUAAAAGAGACCUGCCUGACGUGUAAAGGCGUAGUUAUACUAAAACACCAAGGUUUAAUGUUAAGUGUAUUCUAAGGUAAAAAAGGGUAGAUUGUUUUUCCAGUGUGCUCGAUAAUUUUACAGCAUUUCAUAUGCCGAUAUAUUAAAACGGUGAAAUUGCAGUUAGGAAAACCUCAGUUGCAUUUAAAAUAUACAAUAAAUGUGAGCCCAUAAUUAACAGUCUCUUGCAAUGCAAUUCUUGCAUGCAGAGUAAAUGAGGCAAACACACGAUGCUCUUCUUUACCUUUGACAUACAGAAACUAUGAUUUAACCUAACCCAUUUGUGUCCAUGCAUAUCACAAUAACCUAAGCACCUAAGGAGAACGUGAACUUUAUUUAUUUUUUAAUAAUCUGAAAUCCUCCAAACAUUUAGCGCGCAUAGGUUAAUUUGAUAUCACUCGACACGUUGGACGACUGAGAUAUCAUCUCAACUUGUUAAUUAUUGUAUUGUAAUAUAUGUAUUCGUGUUAAAGUAAGCAUAAGAUAGAAGACUAUAUUGUUCCAGUGACUUCACAUCACUUGUUUAUCUGACCCGUCCAUACAUUUAAUGAUUGUAAAAUAUUAAUAAAUAAAGUUAAUUCCA